GUUUGGCUUGGUGGGGUUUUCACCUUUAUCUUUAGUUAACCAUUAGCUCAUUGGCUCUCGGUGGAUCAAUAGCAUAACACUUCUUUGAUUAUUAAAUGGACAAGUGGAGUACACCCCAUCUGAAGGUGGUUCUGGUUGGAAACUCUGGGGUGGGAAAAUCUUCGAUGAUGACACGGUUUGUGGAUCAUCGGUUCACUAACAUGUACCGUGCUACCAUUGGGGUGGAUUUCCUGACUAAAGAAGUGACUGAGGAUAAAAACACUGUGAUUCUACAGGUGUGGGACACGGCUGGUUCGGAGCGCUUUCAUUCUUUAGGCUCUACUCUGUAUCGCGGUGCUCACUGCUGCCUCCUCGUGUUUGACCUGAGCUCGGCGGCCUCCUUCAGCGCGCUGGAUGGCUGGCACACAGAGUUCCUGCUGCAGGCCGCCCCUGCUGACCUCACGAUCUUUCCCUUUAUUGUGGUGGGCAAUAAGACUGACUUGGGCACCCGAGAGGUUUCUCCUGAGCAUGUGCAUCAGUGGUGUGAGAAUUUGGGGGCUGAGUAUUUUGAGUGCAGCGCUAAAGAGGAUAUAGAUGUUGAUAUGGCCUUCAAAAGUGCAGCAAGAGCAGCACUCCAAUAUUUUAAAUGUAGUGUCAUGGAUAAUAGAGAGAACAUCCAAAUUAUGAACAGAGAGCCAGAAGAACAAUCAAAUCACAGUGCAUCAAAAUGUACAUGCUGAAGAAGUGCCGCUGGUUUUAGACAAACAACCCUGGAAUGGAUGGCUUUAUGGAUUUUCAUUUUAAUGGAUGGCUAGAUGUGUGAUCACCCAACAAAUAUGGACAAACUUUUUUGCUUUUUAAACAACAAUCUCUGAAAUUUGUAAUACUUUUUUGUUUCUUUUCCCUCUCCUUGUUUUCUUAUGCAGUUUUCCUUGCAAACUCACCUAGGGUCUGCCACAUUGUAUUAUCGGUUUCCAUGGAAAAAAGAAAAAAUAAUAAUGGUAAAUAUUUUUUUAGUGAUGAUUUUAACCAGAGUCUAAAUUGCAUAUUAAAUAUUAGGUUUAUCUACUUACAGGAUGACUGACCUGGGCUAAAACAGUAACAGAGUAUAAAUACAACACUACAAACAGCCUUCCAAUCAGCUAACUUCCUGAUUAGAAAUUCCCACAAGUAGUUAACUGAUUGGAGUGUGUACUUUUAUGUUAGAACAACAUAUCUUUCAUCUUUACAACUUCAUCUUAAAAGCAUUCUCUGCAAAAUUUAGGUUUUAUGCCAUAUGUAGCAUAGGCCAGCAAGAGAUAUAUAAAAUAUCCCCCAACAAGAAUGGAAGAACAUUAUUCAAAAAGCAGGAUACAGGAUUUCUAGUGCAUUAUGAAGGUAAAUCUAGAAAUCCAAAGUUUAUCUUUUUAUACUUCUUUUUCUUUAUAUUGUGCUUGCCAGACAAGUACAUUGUGUUCAAAAAUGACUAAACAAUGAAGGAGCCACAGUACAUAAAAUAGGAUUAAUCUUAUCUGACAAAAUAUAGGUUCAUAAAGGCCUCUGAUUUUUUUUUUAGAUUUUUAGAUGUGAAGCCAUUUUGAAUUAUGGUGAAAUUUCAAAUAUCAUAUGCAGGAAGUUAGUAAUUCAUAGGUUUAAUCAAAAUGGAGAAAAAGUGAAGUAACAAAGAUUACUCUCACUGUUGCAUUGGUACCCAGUAUUUCAACUUAGCUCAAUCAGUAAGCAAGCAAGCAGUUAAAACCAUGGGACGUUACUUUGAAAUUAGGCAAGGUUGCACAAAUUCAUUAAAUGCUUACAUUUUCCAUGUAAAUCCAUUAUAAGACAAAUGAGAUAAUCUAUAUUUUAAGAUAUUUGACCUCAAAGGAAUACAUGUGAUAAAAUAAAAUUACACAAAAUUAUUGUUUUAUCUUAAACUAAUUAAAAAAGUUGUACUUGGAUAGUUAUGGUUUACAUUUUCAACGGAUUGCCAGGAAUUAUGAGACAUGGAUGAUAUUCUUUAAUUUUUCUAAAAACAUUUUAUUCAAUCCAUUUAGUACAGCUACCCUGAAAUGAACUGGUUAUCCAUGUAGGAUUCAAAAGGACACCAUGAAUGGACCCACCGUUUGAAUCAGGCCAGCUAAAUGAGUCAUACUUCAAAGAAACAGUCAUUACGAUUAAUCAGGGAGACAGUAUAUAUUUUGUUUCUUUUAUAAGUCAAGACACAAAAAGGCAAUCAGGAGAUGACCAACAUGUAAAAACUUUGUUACAAGUAAUAUAUAAAAGGCCAAGAUGUAAUCAUUUUCUCUUGUGGUAUGAAUGAACUAUAUUACAAUUGAAUUCAUACUUGGUUUAACCAGGAAUGAAUUAAACAAAACAAAACAAAACAAAA